CCACAUAAGGAUGACACAGAGAUACAUUUCACUGCAUGUUGUAUGUAUGUGACAAAUAAAUCUCUUGACUUGACUUGAGGGCAGGCACUGACAAAAAUCACAUGGUGAUACUGGAAAAAUGUGGCCUCUUACAACCCCCUUAAAUAUCAUCAACAACAGACAUCUAGCACUGCCAUGGAAACCCAUUCCAUGAAGCUCCUGGUACACAAUGUUUUUAUUGGGGUUAAUGUCAGAGGGAGUUUGGAACUCUGCAGUUACUGAGUCAACAGAGCGUUGGUGACUUUUAUUCACGAUGCACCUCAGCCAAUGGCAAAACCGCUGUUACUCUACAAGGUCUAUCACUUCAUGAUUGAUUUUCUGUUGUUCCUAAACACUUUCACUUUGCAAUAAUAUCACUUACAGUUGACCAUGGAAUAUCUAGCAGGGAAGAAAUUUCACAAAUUGACUUAUUGCAAAAGUGGCAUCCUGUGACAGUAUCACGCUUGAAUCCACUGAGCUCUUUGGAAUGACUCAUUCUUUCACAAAUGUUUGUAAACCUGACUGCAUGGCUAGGUGCACGAUUUUAUACAACUGUGGCAAUGACUUUGAAUGAAACACCUCAAUUGACAUGCCCAGACAGGUGACCACACCUGGGGGUGGAGAUUUAUAGUUGAGGUGAUUCUUGUCAAUGAUUCAUCGCUUGUUGGUGGUGGGCAGCGUGUGGCUCUGUGGGUUAGGACUCUGAGCCUUUGAUCGGAAGGUUUCCAGUUCAAAUCCCAGAGUCAACAGACUGAUGCUGCCUGUAGGUCCUUGAGCGGGACCAUCGAUCCCCAGCCCUGAGGGCACUGCAAACUGACCCACCCACACUGUGACCCUGUGAGCCCCCAGCUCACCCUCACCUAUUGGUGUCUAAGGGAGAGUAAGAUGGGGGAGGUGAAAAGAGAAUUUCCCCCACAGGGAUGAAUACAACAUCAUUAUCUUAUUCUGAGUUUAUUAAUUAACUAAAGAUUCAAUCCGAAUAGUUCAUUGUUUAGUUGAGUGAUAAUCGCUCAUGUUUCCAUUUGGCCUUUUGAUACCAAGUUCAGUAGGUGAUUGUUGGGCACAACGUCCUUAUUGCUGCCCUGCUUCAUGGAAAGUGUGUCAUGGCAGAAAAAAGGCUGGGAAACAAUAUCUUAUUGGACACAUUGUGUAGAGGUGCCUGCAGUGUCCAUGCUUACUACCACUGUAACUUGAGGUUUGAUUUGAAUGAUUAAUUGUACCAUUAACCACAGAACACUGAAUUGUGGGCAUUAACACAGAUAUAAUUCAGUCUUCUAUUAAUAAAGUUUUAUUUGAUGGCAUUUAAUUUUUUGCAGGUAAGUGUUUCGUGAUUGUUCAUCACUGUAUUGAUGCUGCCAGUGUCAUUCGGGUAAACAUGGAAUAUGAAGACUUCAAUAUAAUCAAGGUGGCGGUGGCGGACUGAACUCGGGGCUUUUCCAACCCUUGCCAACGAGAAUGUCAGCGAAGAAGACGUACAUGUGGAAAUGGGUGUAUGGUGUGUAUUUAUUGCCGAUCCCAAAAUAUUAAUAGCCCACACCGCCAGAUCCCGGAAUAUAAAGUGACGAUAAUAAAUAAAGAAUGGGAGAAAGCGCGUUUCUAUUGACCUUUCAGUUACAUCUAAACAUGUGCAUGGAUUUGCUCCUGAAAAGAACGACUUGUGAGAUAACCAACCUGGUGAGAAGCAGGUUCGCUCGGUUUCACGGCGAUACCUCCAGUAAAGAAGCCGAGAGCAGAUGGCUGUCAGAGAAACUUAAAGGUCUGGAAAGACAUUCGCAGUUGCCAGAUGUGGAUCAGCCUGUUCUAGUGGACAGAACGGAGAAAUCUUUAGACACUGAUGAAGAGGGCUGCUAUCUGCUGGAUUUCCAAACGCGUUUGCACUCUUGCAUGAACUGCAUCCUGAAAGAUAUUGCCGCCGAGAUUACUACCUGGGUGAAGGACAAUGUCACCCAUUUUCACGGCGAGGCCGCUGCUAAAGAUUGCGAGAUGCAGAACGUGUCGGCUGAACAUCGUUUGCAAGAUAAACGUUUUGGUGUGGAAGUUGACAGCGGUGAAUCGGCCACUAAUCACCAGCCCAUCGCGUACGACUAUGGAGAGGUAGAGAGUUACAACAACGACAUGGGUCUGGCUCAGGAAAAGGCCGCUAUAGAGAUCAGGCAGGUUCCAGAGGCAGCUUGCUUUGUCGUGGCCGAGCCGUCUGUGGAUUACGAGCUCACAGUAGCCACUACUGCCAUUGAGGUCCAGCCACACGGUGCAGAGAAGGGGGAAGGAGAGCUGGAGGGCCUCGAUCCAGACCAUCACCCCUAUCCAGAUUCAUGGCCGGCUGAAGGAGCGGGGGAGAGCUCAGUCCCACCAGAGGGAGGCGCUCUGAAGGCUGCUGUACCCCUUCAGCAAGCCCUGGAGCUGGGCAGUGGACAGGGGGAGACCGGCCUCCACAGCUGUGUCCAGUGUGGGAGGAGCUUCGGGAAGGAGUGGGUCCUCCGCCGACACAUGAGGAAGCACAGCGAAGGGGGUGGAGCGGAGGCGGCGGCCACAGGACACGCCUGCCCCAACUGCGGCCGCACCUUCAAGCAGCGGAAGGGCCUGGUGUCGCACCUGCACAGCCACAGCGGGCAGAAGCCCUACGCCUGUGACGUGUGCCACCUGCACUUCACGCGCCCGGAGUCCGUCAGCAAGCACCGGCGCCUGCACAGCGGCGUGCGGCCGUACGGCUGCCCGCGCUGCCCCCGGCGCUUCUUCAGGUCCGAUGGCCUCAAGAGCCACAUGCGGACGCACGACGGUGGGGAGCGGGAGCGGGAGCGGCACGGGGUGACAGCAGCGCCAAAGCUCUGCAUGUGUACGCACUGCGGGAAAGCCUUCUCCAGUGUGAGCCAGGUCGCCAGUCACGAGCGGACGCACACCGGCGAGCGGCCUUACGAGUGCCAGCAGUGCCACAAGAGGUUUCGGCACGCCGGCGCACUCAGCGUCCAUCGCGUCACCCACCAGCGCGAGCGGCCACACCCAUGCCCGCAGUGCCCCAAAACCUUCCGCUGCUCUAAGCAUCUCAAGCGCCAUCUGGUGACGCAUUCGGAUGCGCGGCCCUUUUCCUGCGACCAGUGCCCGCUGGCCUUCCGCACUGCUGGCGAGCUGAAAGGCCACAAGGUGCGGCACGGGCUGCAGCGGACGCACGGCUGCCCCGAAUGCGGGAAGCACUUCAAGACGGAGUACGAGGUGAAGCUGCACCGCAGGGCGCACAGCGGUGAGAGGCCCUACCGCUGCCCGGACUGCGAGCGCGCCUUCCGACGGCCGCACCACCUGGCGUCGCACCGGCUGACACACACGGGCGAGAGGCCAUAUGCCUGCGACGUGUGCCAGCGCCGCUUCAUCCGCGCCCGUGAGAUGCGGAGCCACAGGAGGAGGGUGCACCUCGCCGCCGAGCCCUCAAAAUGCGACCGGUGCCAGGCCCACUUUGACAACCUGCCGCUGCUCGAGGCCCACAAACGCUCCGUCCACGGCGCUCUGCUUGAGAGCUCGGACCCACAGCUCGACGGACUCUCCAGGUUCCCCAAGAUCCUGCCUCGAAGUGUGGCUCCGGGCUGCGAGCCGGACCCAGGCGUGCGACCGGGGAUGGUGUCGACAGACGAGCAGCAGGGGGCGAAGUUCCUGAGUCCCGUUGUCUUUGUGCUGGCCGACCAGGGUGUCUCCUUCCCUGUAUUACAGCCCGGCACGGUCUUAACGCCUCUGACAACCGUGUUGAAGCUGCCUCAGGCACCGACGCCGCUGAAGAUGCAAAUAGAAGUCACCCCAAAAACACAGAGCGGGAAAGUCACCAGAAGGGCGGCGCUGAAGGCUCAGUUCCCGGUCGAUCCACCUGUGACGUGCUCCAGCGCUAAACCGCUUGCGUCAGUUCUGCCUGGCGCAUCCAAAGCGAAAAGGUCCUCCACUAAAGCACAAGCGUAAACCACUGUAAAUUAUCUCCCUGACAAGCCAGUUUGCAGGUGGUUCCUAGGUUUCUAUUUAUUUAUUUGUUUUUUUUUUGGAAGAAUAAGAUUUGUGUUUAAGAUUUGUGUAAAUCACGCUACACGUAGCUCCUGAACGAGACAUUCUCAUGUUGCAUAAAACUGUAAAAUUGUUGGAAUCUCAUUUAUUUUCUUUUAAGUUGCUUUUCCUACUAUGUGUAAGAUUUACGAUAAAAACAGAGUUUUAUUGA